UAACCCAAUCAUUAGACCCAUUUUGAUCUUCUUCCCAAAACGUCUUCAUUCCACCUUCUUCUUCUUCAUCCAUGGCUAACCCCCUUUCAAUCCCUCCAAAACCCCCUUUCUCUCUCUAAACCACUCACUCUCUCUCUCUGUGUAAGUAUACUCAAGCCUGUAGAUGCGGUUUUCUGUGCGAAUUAUCUGAUUCUUGUUUUUGUUUUUUUGUUGCAAUCAUGGCGAUUGUGACCGGAGAUCGGUAUCUGGAGAAGCUGGUGAAGUUUGUGGAGGAGCAGGCUGGGCCUUUGAUCGAGGGAACUACGGUUCUGAAGCUCAAUCCGGUGGGGCUUCACUACGUUCAGUCUCGCCUCGAGGCCUUGUACGAGCUCGAGAGCCUUUUGGCCGGUGCUCCCGUCGAUUAUCUUCGCGCUUACGUCUCUGACCUUGGCGAUCACCGUGCGCUCGAGCAGCUUCGCCGGAUUCUCAGGCUACUCACUUCGCUCAAGGUCGUCUCUGUCCUCCCGGAUCCUACUAGGGACCCGACUCCGCUCUCGCUCUUGCCGUUUGGGAGGUUGAAGGUUUUGGAGCUCAGGGGAUGUGAUUUGUCCACCUCCGCUGCUAAAGGCCUUCUUGAGUUGAAGCAUACUUUGGAGAAGAUCGUUUGUCACAAUUCUACUGAUGCUCUACGACAUGUCUUUGCAAGUAGGAUAGCAGAAAUAAAGGACUCUCCACAGUGGAACCGGUUAUCAUUUGUUUCAUGCGCUUGUAAUGGCUUGUUACUCAUGGACGAGUCUUUGCAACUUCUACCUGCUGUUGAAACACUUGACCUAAGCCGAAACAAGUUUGCCAAGGUUGAUAAUCUACGAAAGUGUGCCAAAUUGAAGCACCUAGAUCUUGGUUUCAAUAACCUUAGAUCAGUUUUGUCAUUUAGUGAGGUUUCCUGUCCUAUUGUUAAACUUGUUUUGAGGAACAAUGCUCUAACUACAUUGCAUGGGAUUGAGAAUUUGAAGUCACUUGAAGGCCUUGAUGUUUCCUACAAUAUUAUUUCCAAUUUUUCAGAGUUAGAGUUCCUAGCGGGCCUCCCAUCUUUACGAAAUUUGUGGUUGGAGGGAAAUCCUCUAUGUUGUGCUCGAUGGUAUCGACCACAAGCAUUCAGCUAUAUCAAUACUUUGGACAAUUUCAAAUUGGAUGAUAUGGAAAUCAGCACCAGAGAAUUUUGGAAGAGACAACUUAUUAUUGCCAGUAGACAGAAGCGACCUGCCAGCUUUGGGUUUUAUUCUCCUGCAAUAUAUGAUGCUAAAGGAGAAGGGUCUGUCAACAGGAGACGGAAUAAGGUAACCCGUCUUGCAUCUAUUGGGGGUGAAGGUGAAAGCAUAUAUUUAUGUUCAGAUCAGGACUCAGUGUCAAUUGAUAAUGAGGUGCAAAGCAGAGAGGAGAAUGUCCUGUCUGAUGAUGAUGCUGAAAUACUUGAUUUAAUGAAUAAAGUUGAAUUGAUGAAGAAGGAGCGUUCUGUUCUUUGGUUGCGGGAGUUUAGGGAAUGGAUGGAUCAUGCUCCUGAGAAUUUCACAGACCACAGUAAAAAUUGCGGGCCAUCUAAUCUGGGGGGAGAGAAUUUAUUGAGAACGAAGACAAGUGAGAAGCAUGGUGGUGAAUGCUCAAGAUAUGUCUCCGACUCAGUCCAAGCUUCAGGAGAUGAGAAUUGUAUAAAUGUUUUGGAAUCUGAUAGUUCUUUCAUGGAUACAUCUUCUGGUUUGCAUGCCCAUCAAUAUUUUGAUCAAAUUGUUUUAAUGGGUCCUACUGGUGAAAUUAGUUCAAAUGGCAUGGGGAGAAUGGAUCUUAAGGAGGAAAUUUCAAAAUUUAAUGAAAGAGUUAGCAAUUUGUCUGCUCAAGCAAAAAGCUCCCUUGUUGAUACCUUCACUAAUCAGGUUGGUCAUAGGAUGGUUGAAAAUGCAAGCAUAUCCCCUCUGACUACCAUCGAUAGUAUUUCAGAAUCUCAUUCCUCUACACAUCCUGGAUCACCUCCUCAUUAUCGAGAAGAUAUUCUUCAUCGUCGUCAAAACCUAGAGGAAGAAAUUCUGCAGUUAUCUGCUGAUUCAUACUCAGUGGCUUCAUCAGAUAGUAGUAGUGAGGAGGAUACAUAUGCCUUUGGGCCAAUGUCAGAUGUUGAUCAGUUACCCGAUGAAAAAUCUUUGAAGACAAUAGUUGACAUGCAUGCCUGUUUGGAAAAUUUUGAAGGCAAGUAUUGUGACCCUACACAUCAGAUUUAUCAAGUAAGAGAAAAUGGUCAAUGUUCAGCUGAUUCCUGUGAUGAUGAUAAAGAUCAGUCCAUGGAGUCAUGCAGCAAUAAAUGUCUUGAGGCUGAAGAUGGUGGAGUUACCCAUGUUUUUAACCAAAAGGAUGAUUUAUUAAGAAAGAAAAAAGGCAAAAGAAAAACAAAAAGAAGAGUUGUCCCACUGCUACACAAUAAUAAUUUGGUUGGGAAGAUAGAAACGUGCCAAAAAUCAAAUGGCAAUCUUGAUUUCCAUGAAGCAGAAAUGAAAAUAGAUCAACCUAGCCAAAUUUUUUAUGGGUGUAAUUUCCAACAUGUUGGUGAAGAAAAUCAAGUGUUAAGCAGUAUUGACAGAACUGAGCUAAAUUGUGCUGCUGAUGGUACUGAUGUUAAAUGGUCAUGUGGAGGGAAUGAUGGUUUUAUUGAGAAAUAUUUCAAUUCAAAUGUGGCAGAUUCAAGAAAGCAUGAAAUUUGCUGGCGGUAUAUGCGUUGCUACUGUAUAGUUGAGAUGGACUCCAUGUGCAGAGAAAGAGAUGUAGCUCUAGUAUUGAGCAGCGAAAAGAAGUUGUACAUGUUUCUUGUUUGUACCACAAGUGAUGGAUCAGAAGCUGUCUCAAGUUUAAUGGCUUGCCACAAUGUUCAAAACAUCAAGGAAGUCUUAGUUGGUAUAGGACUUCAGGUUGUGAGGGUGUCUAUUGAGGGGAGUGCAACCUACCUGUUUAUUACCAGAAGUACUGAAAAAUUAAGACAAUUACUUUCUACCUUACAAAUUUUUGAUUCAUUUGGAGUGGAUGAUAAUUGUUCGUUGAGAAGUUUGGAGCAGGUUCAGGUUGAGUUGUUUGAGAAACAAAUAUUCGGUGGUUCAAGAGUGAGCAUAUUCCAAUAUUCUAUGGUUCACUUUUGGCAUGGCAACCAUAGAGAUGGGCUACAAUGGAAAUCGAUGUGGUUUUGGAUGAUUGGCUCUGAUGCAUGCAAGGAUUCAUGGCUUCCAAGAUCAUUGUUUGUCGUCGGUGUCCAUCUGCUUGUGUGUGUUGAAAACCUAGUGAAGUUUGGCUCUCUUUCGGUGGAUGCACACUCACCACCAUACUUCUCGCUCGAUUCAUAUUGCUCUAUUGCCAGCAUAUCCGAGUUGGUUGUGGAGGCAGAUGAGAAUCAAUGCGUGACCUUAGCCCUAUCAUGCGAAACAUCAUCGGCCAAAGUUGAAACAUCUUCGUCGUCUCAAAAAUGGAAACUCAAGUGGUUCUCCAAAGACGACAUGUUCAAGUUUGUAGCAUUGUUGAAGGCGAUCCAUGCGAGCACGAGCUUGUCACCUUUGCCUGUAAGAUGCAUCCCUUGACACCCUUCAUCUUUCUCUCCCCUUUUUUUGUCUCGUUUUUGUUAGUUUCAUUUCGAUUCAUUUUAUUCUUUGAUUUUAGCUGUUUUUUUUCUUUCCUCUAAUUUUUCAUGGCGAGUCUAUAGUGGUUUUUUGGGCUAUUCUUUAGCAGCAGAUCUUCUGUUAUGUACAAAAUUUGUACAGUGUAAAAUCAAGGCAAUUGACGUUGGUAUAAUAGUCAUUACUUAUUGUGGGGA